UGGGUUGUCUUCAUCCUGUGUGUGGGUCCCCAGUAACCAAAUGACCACAGAAAUGUCAUGAAAGGGCCAUCUAUGUCCAAGGGAGGCACUUCUCACCACCACCAUGACAAUAAAGAUGGAGUGGAUUAUGAAACUGUGGCGUUCCCUCCCUGGAGUGACAAGGGAGAAAGCCCCCCAUGACUGAUUGGCCCAAGGCUGGGUGUGAGAUUUCUCCAGGUCCCUUCAGCUCUGAUAUUCCACAGGCCUAAAUUUACAAAAGGGUCUUGAUCUUUUCCAGUCAAAAUUCCACUUAAUCAGAGACACACCUAAAGUUUUAAAUUCCCCUGCAGAGAAAAUCACUGUGUGGCAUAGAAAACCACCUACAUAAUGGUUUCUGUUUCUCCCUCCUAAUUAACUUCCCUUUUCUCCCUUAGGAAGACAAAAGCCCUUUCUCCUGAUUCACCGGAAAAACUCUUACCACCAUCAUCCCUGUGAGGAGGUUCCCAUAGUCUCAGGAACUGAAGCCUUUAGACAAUCAGGGACCCCUAGAAUAAGAACAUACUAGAAGCCCCUUGUGUUAGGACUGGAGAAAACUGUAUCCAGCUGAGCAGACCUGUACAUGACGAGGGAAAAGACCUCAGAAACCUGCCAACGACCUCCGUGCUCCGCGUGUGCUUUGAGCCAACACCCAUCCCCAGCUGGUGUACGACUUCCCCUGAUACCAAAUAACCCCCUCCAUCCAGCGCCUCACAGCAGCUCCCGCGCGGCAACCCUCAGGCCUUUUUCAAGGAUCAUGGGAGACCAUCUUGACCUUCUCUUAGGAAUGGUGCUCAUGGCUAGUCCUGCACUUGGAAUUUCUUCCUGCUUCUUCGAUGGUCAGAGGGCCUUAUAUCGUUUCUGCAACCUCACCCAAGUCCCCCAGGUUCCCAACACCACCAAGAACCUCCUGCUUAGCUUCAACUAUAUCAGGAUGGUCACAACAGCAUCAUUCCCCUUCCUGGAGCAACUGCAGCUGCUGGAGCUUGGGACUCAGUUUACCCCCUUGACCAUUGACAAAGAAGCCUUCCGAAAUCUGCCCAAUCUCAGAAUCUUGGACCUUGGCCAAAGUCAGAUAGACUUCUUGCAUCCAGAUGCUUUUCAGGAACUGCCCCAUCUCUCUGAACUUCGACUCUUUUACUGUGGUCUCUCCGAUGCUAUAUUAAAAGAUGGUUAUUUCAGAAAUUUGGGGUCUUUGACUCGCCUGGACCUAUCCAAAAAUCAGAUUCAGAGUCUUUACCUUCAUCCUUCAUUCUGGGAAUUGAAUUCCUUGAAAUCCAUUGAUCUCUCCCUCAACCAAAUACCGAUUGUAUGUGAGCAGGAGCUCAAACCUCUCCAAGGGAAAACACUCUCCUUGUUAAGCCUUGCUGAUAAUACCCUGUACAGCAGGAUCUCCAUGGACUGGGGGAAGUGUCUGAACCCAUUCAGAAACAUGGUCCUGGAAACCCUAGACGUUUCUGGCAAUGGCUGGACAGUGGACAUCACAAGAAACUUCAGCAAUGCCAUCAAUGGAAGCCAGAUUUUCUCUUUGGUUCUUACCCAUCACAUUAUGGGUUCUUCAUUUGGCUUCACCAAUUUGAAAGAUCCUGACCAGCACACUUUUGCCGGCCUGGCCAGAAGCUCAGUGAUACAGCUGGACCUCUCACAUGGGUUUAUCUUCUCCUUGAACUUCCGACUCUUUGAGACGCUCGAGGAGUUGAAGGUUCUGAACCUUGCCUACAACAAGAUAAACAAUAUUCAAGACCAAGCAUUUUAUGGACUCGACAACCUCCAAGUUCUCAAUUUAUCAUAUAACCUUCUAGGGGAAUUGUAUAAUUCUAAUUUCUAUGGACUACCUAAGGUAGCCUAUAUCGAUCUGCAGAAGAAUCACAUCGGGAUCAUUCAGGACCAAACAUUCAGAUCCCUGAAAAAAUUGGAUACCUUGGAUCUCCGGGACAAUGCUCUUAAAACUAUUUCUUUUCUUCCAAGCAUAUCUACUAUCUUCUUGGGUGGCAAUAAACUGGUCACUUUGCCAAACAUCCCACUUACUGCUAACUUCAUCCACUUAUCAGAGAAUAGGCUAGAAAAUCUGGAUAAUCUCUACUUCCUUCUCCGGGUACGUCACCUCCAGAUUCUCAUUUUAAAUGAAAAUCGCUUUUCCUCUUGUAACCAAGACCAUGCCCCUUCGGAGAAUCUCAGCUUAGAACAGCUUUUCCUUAGAGAAAAUAUGUUACAGCUCGCCUGGGAAGCCGGGUUCUGUUGGAAUGUUUUUAAGGGGCUUUCCCAUCUCCGAGUCCUGUAUUUGGAUAAAAACUACCUGAAUUUCCUUCCACCAGGAGUAUUUCAUUAUCUGACUGCACUGAGGGGACUCAGCCUCAGGGACAACAGGCUGACCGUUCUUUCUCCUAGCGACCUACCUGCUAAUUUAGAGGUCCUGGAUGUAUCCAGAAACCAGCUCCUCUCUCCUGAUCCUGAUUUAUUUGCGUCGCUGAGUGCCGUGGACCUAACUCAUAACAAGUUCAUCUGCGAGUGUGAACUUAGCACUUUUAUCAGUUGGCUCAAUCAAACCAACGUCACAAUAUUUGGGUCUCCAGCAGACAUAUACUGCAUGUACCCGAGCUCGAUGGCUGGGGCUUCCCUCUACUCUCUUUCCACAGAAGGUUGUGAUGAAGAGGAAGUUUUAAAGUCCCUAAAGUUUUCCCUUUACAUCUUCUUCACUGUCACUUUGACUGUGUUCCUUGUGGCCAUUCUCAUCAUUACGAAGUUCCGGGGGUUUUGUUUCAUCUGUUAUAAGAAAGCCCAGAGACGGCUGUUCAGGGGCCCCAGCAACGAAAGAGAAUCAGAUACGUACAAAUAUGAUGCCUAUUUGUGCUUCAGUAACAAAGACUUUGAAUGGGUGCAGAAUGCUUUGCUCAAACACCUGGACACCCAGUACAGCGACCAAAACAGAUUUAAUCUGUGCUUUGAAGAAAGAGACUUUGUGCCUGGGGAAAACCACAUCGCCAACAUCCAGGAUGCCGUGUGGAGCAGCAGAAAGAUUAUCUGUCUCGUGAGCAGACACUUCCUUAGAGAUGGGUGGUGCCUCGAAGCCUUCAGUUAUGCACAGAGCAGGUGCUUAGCUGACCUCAAUAGCGCCCUCAUCAUGGUCGUGGUGGGGUCCCUGUCCCAGUACCAGCUGAUGAAGCAUCAGUCCAUCAGAGGAUUCGUCCAGAAACAGCAGUACUUGAGGUGGCCUGAGGAUCUCCAGGAUGUUGGCUGGUUUCUCAAUAAACUGUCUCAACGCAUUCUAAAGAAAGAAAAGGAAAGGAAGAAAGACAAUGACAUUCAGUUGCAAAGUGUAACCACCAUCUCCUAGUCAGAGGAGCACUUUUCCACUUAUCUGAAGCCACAAGUAACUCUUCACCUUUUAUUUUCACUAAGUUACCAUUUGGGGGUCCUUUAUGGAGUUGUUGUUUUCCUACAGUGAAGACCACAUAAAUCUCUUGAUUUUCAUUGCAACCUGACGUUUUGUCUCACUGACCUCCAAAUGGAAAGUAAUAGAUCUGGAAAAUUGCAGCUGGUUCCUGCUCUACAUUGAUUUCCUUUCAGAUCCAGUAACUCUGUUCUCUCCUGUUGCAUGGAUGACAGGAUAUAUCCUGGUCGUGGGAACGGCACAUUGGGAGAAGUUACAGGUGGCUGACACCCUUUCUCCAGCGUUCAGUCCCGGAAGGGGUUGGACAAUGAUUCUGAAGGCUCUGUGCCCAGCAGAACAACACUAAGUAGAAAACAAGCAGAAAAAGAGGCGUUUCCUGCUAUUUCUAUGGGAACAAUGCCAUUGCUCCCCACAGGUCAUGCCCAGUCUCAGGGAUAAGAGGUGGCCCCAGAGAAGCUGGGAUGAGAAUAACUAGAUCUCUUAGGGCCAUAUUGCUCCCCUUCUUCUUACCUUUUGGGUCUAACCCUAGUGGGCUAUGAACAUCCUUUUUGGCUGCGACGUUUAUUUCGGACUGGCUUUCAAGAACCUCCGUGAGUUAGCACCAAACUAUUUCAGCUUUAUUUCCCCCCAUAUCUCAUUUAUCAACCACUCAGAGUGUUGCAGAAAGAACUUGGACUUGGACCCAGAACCUGGUUUGAGUUUGGAUUCUGCUGCUCAUGAGCUGUGUGACCUUGAGCACGCUGCACACCCUCUCUGGGCCUGUUUUCUCGUCUGCAGGCAUGAUCAUCUCUACCUCACAGAGUUGCCAUGAAAGUUAAAUCGACCAGGAAUGUCAGGGCAUCUCAGAUCUUAUCCUUAGCUCCCCUAAUGGCCAUGAGAGGGUACCCACACCGUGGGGCCUUCUGGAGGCAGUCGUAUUUUUUUAUCUUGAAAUCUAUAGGUAUUCUGUAUUUUUCCAUGUUUAUUUUAAUAUAAAGAUGUCUUUCUGCAAAAGCAUUAAGAAAAUUUAAACCAAGGAAGGUGUGCCAAAGUUACCCCCAGUUUCCCAAACAGCCUCCUCCAAAUCCAACCCAGCUUGGCACUCAGUACUUCACACAUCACUCACUUCCUCUCACUGUGCCCGCCCCUAAUCCUAACCCCAACACACACACACACACACUUGCACACACACGUGCACACACACACUAGCUGUUGUCAUCCCAACUUCUUGGGGCCCCUCUGAUCCAUGAGACUGAGCUUGUCCUGCUCCCAUGGUUCUUUAUUCUUCGACCACUGCUUGCACCCAUUAGCAUUGCUCUUAUGCACACCAUCACCCCCAAGCUGCCCUUUCCUUCUGGAAUGUUCUCCCAUCACUGCAAUCCAUCCUACAUGUUCUUCAAAAUCCAGCCCACCAAGCCUCCUUGGAUGCCUCCAACCCAAACCCUGUCUGCCUUUUGUGCAAACUCUUAGCGCUGUAUCCGUUCUUUUAAAACAAGCCCUUCCUGCUUCCUGCUUCCUCUGAGAGUUGUGAGCCUGUCUGGCCACUCACCCCUCUGGACUAUAAGCUUCAUGAGGAAAGAUCCUUUCUUCCACGUCCCACCCUCGCUGGCCGUGACAGAUCACAUAUGGUUUCCAGGCCACAUGAGACUUUCCCACCUACACCUGUCCAUGCUUCUUCCUCCCCCUAGAAUUCCUUCUCCCGAUACCCACCCCCGCCCCACAUCUGCCUGGUGAAUUUCCUAGCACCACUGAUCAUUCCUUGUAACCCCACAGAUUUCUGUCGCUGAUACAUAACUUUGUGUUGUGCCAAUGUGUGUAUGGACAUGCAGAGGCUAUCUAGACUGUGACCCCUGAUGGCAGGGACCUCGUCUUGUCAUCUUUGCAUCCUGAACCCAGGAUGCUGCCUGGCCCAUAGUAUGUGCUUAAUAAAUGCCUGGUGAAUGGAUGA